GACCAAACAUGGAAUAGGGUAUUUGCGUACUUCCAUUCCUGAGUCUCCCUCUCUUCUAUCUUCUAUAACUGCGAGAUUGUCUCAGUUAACUGAGAUUACUGCUUUUCAAUGGCGCUAGUUACUCCCGGCGGGUGUGCGCGAUUAAGCGUGGGACCGACUGUGCACGUGAGACGCAGAAUGGCUACCCUUGCUAAGCUAUCCCCUCCAAGAGAUGAAACGGUCGACUGGGUCAAGGCAACCGAGAGCUUCUUUGACGGAGACUCCAGACCCAUCAUGUUGUUCGAUGGUGUGUGCAACCUUUGCAAUGGAGGAGUGAGGUUUGUGCGUGACAAUGAUCGGAAUAGGAGAAUCAGGUAUGAAGCUCUCCAGAGUGACGCAGGUAGCAAGCUGCUAAGGAGGUCUGGAAGAGCACCUGAUGAUAUUUCAAGUGUUGUACUUGUUGAAAAGGACAGAUCAUAUAUAAAGUCAGAAGCUGUGUUGAAGAUAAUGGAAUACAUUGACUUGCCAUUUCCCCGGCUAGCAUUUUUCCUCCACUUUGUGCCUCUGUUCGUGAGGGAUUUUGUUUAUGACAAUGUUGCAAACAACCGUUACACAAUUUUUGGUCGCUCAGAAUCAUGUGAGGACUAGCUAGCUAAUUAACUGGAGUUUUGAUGAGAAAAUUUCAAUCUACGGCCACUAUACAGCAAUGUCAAGCCCCACAGGUACCUGCCAAAUCUCAGAAAUUUUAGCUAAAUUGAUAGUUUCAAUAUGAAUAUCUUGAAAACAGUAUUAUACGAAGAACUUUUUUAGUUAUAUAUUUACCCUAUAAUUAGGACGAUCAACGCUGUAAUCAACAUCAUAUAUUGAUAGCAUUUGUGUUUGGGUUUUCUUUUGAUAUCGUACCCUGCAGGUAUAUACCUGCGGCUUACAUAUCCAUAUUGAGGACGCAUUAGAAGAAUGAAACCAAGAAGAAAUCCUGAAAGAAAUCCUCCGAUAUGAGCUGAAUUGUCCACAUGAGGAAUGAGACCGAACGCUAGAUUCAGGGUAAUGAUUAGCAGGAGGGUGGAAACUGAUUUACACUGAAUUGACAGGAUUAGAAAAUUUUCUUAUGCUAUAGAAGAUAAUUUAUAGCCAAAAUUUACUAGUUAAUAUUUUGAAAGCUGCUGUUUACCUUAUUUGCAUAGAUUGUCCAGUUCAAGAAGAGCUCAGAAAGCAUGGAUCCCAGAAGUCCAAGAAGUGCACCAGAUGCACCGACUGAUAUAUUCGGCUUCGGACUAAGGGCAGACAUCAAGCUUCCACCAAAACCAGACAAUACGUACAAUACUCCUAUCCUCACUGCCACAUCGAGUAAUUUGAGUAUCAAUAGUGAUUGAACAUAUAAAAGCAGCAUUGAUCAUGUGUAGCUACACAUCGAUGGUGAGUUCUUACAAAAUCCAAAUUCCUGCUCAAGUGGGAUUCCUAUAAAUAGAAGGCUCAUCAUGUUUGUGAAUAGAUGAGCAACUCCAGCGUGUAGCCAUAUGCAAGAAAAGAAGCGCCAUCCUUCUCCACCGUUCACUAUUGCUAUUGGAUCAAGUGCUCCUAAUCGGUGCAGCCUGUGAAGAAUAAAAACAAUUGGGAGAUACAGACACUGCGAAUCCUAAUUGUCUUCUUAAGUAGCAAUUAUUUCAAAGUGACGCUUGAUUUCUUAGCUAAUUGUUCCUGCAUAACUCUUUUCUUUUGGAAUAUUGUAAAGGGGUUCAAAAGAAAUACUCGAUCCUAGAGAGUCGCUAA